GAGAGAGAGGAGAAAGUUCCAGCAGGAGCAGCUCGAGGUUCAGCUAAAUCUGUGUGGCCGGCUGACUAUGCCCCGGAGCCCAACGUCCAGUGAGGAUGAGAUGGCCCAGAGUUUUUCCGAUUAUUCUGACGAGUCUGCUUCCGACAGCUCCAAAGAGGAGACCAUCUACGAGACCAUAAAAGCCACAGCCGAGAGGCCGCCGAGCCGCAUGGAGGACAUCCAUUCCAACUCACUGGUCAUCAGGGUGGUCAUCCCUGACCUGCAGCAGACGAAAUGUAUGAGGUUUAACCCGGACGCCACGGUGUGGGUGGCCAAGCAGCGCAUCCUGUGUACGCUGAGCCAGAGCCUGAAGGACGUUCUGAACUACGGACUCUUCCAGCCCGCCAGCAACGGCCGAGAUGGGAAGUUCCUGGAUGAAGAAAGACUCCUGCGGGAGUACCCACAGCCUGUUAGCAAAGGAAUUCCAACACUGGAGUUCCGGUAUAAAAGCAGAGUCUACAAGCAGCCCAAUGUGGACGAGAAGCAGAUUGCCAAAUUACACACGAAGGCCAACCUGAGGAAGUUUAUGGAUUACAUCCAAAAUCACCAGUUAGAGAAAAUCUCCAAAAUGUUGGAUCGAGGGCUGGACCCCAACUACCACGACCCAGACACGGGGGAGAGUCCUCUGACGUUUGCGGCUCACCUGGAGAACGCGGUGGAGAUAAUUAAAGCGCUAAAGAACGGAGGAGCUCACCUGGACUUCAGAGCUAAAGACGGCAUGACCGCUCUGCACAAAGCAGCUCGGUCCAAAAACAGCACCACGCUGAUGACUCUGCUGGAGUUGGGUGCGUCUCCGGACUAUAAGGACAGCCGUGGGCUGACCGCUCUCUACCACACGGCCAUGGUGGGGGGCGACCCGGCCUGCUGCGAGCUCCUGCUGCGCGAACACGCCUCUGUCUGCUGCCAGGACGAGAACGGCUGGCACGAGGUCCACCAGGCCUGUAGACACGGCCACGUUCAGCACCUGGAGCAUCUGCUGUUCUACGGAGCGGAUAUGAGCGCCCAGAACGCCUCAGGAAACACUGCCCUACACAUCUGUGCCCUCUACAACCAGGAUAACUGUGCUCGUGUGCUGUUGGUGCGAGGAGCUGAUAAAGAGGUCAAAAACUACAACAGCCAGAGUCCAUUUCAGGUGGCCAUCAUCGCUGGGAACUUUGAGCUCGCUGAGCUGAUCAAGAACCACAAAGAGAGCGACAUAGUGCCUUUCCGGGAGGCCCCAGCGUACUCCCGGCGGCGGAGGGGCCCUCAGCCCGGCAGUCUUGCGGCCCCGCGGGUUUUGCUGCGCUCCAACAGCGAUAAUAACCUCAGUGUGUGUGUGGGGCCCCCCGAUGUGGCCCCCGGUCUGAGUGUGUGUGUGGGGAGCCCCGAUGCAGCUAGCCGCAGCCUCUCGCCGCAGCUGCUGCAGCAGAUGCAGAGGAACCCGAACGGCACGGUGAGGACGGGGGGCCGCGGGAACAAACACCAAACACAGAGCAGAUCUCCAUCACUCAGCCGCCUCGGAGAGGAACAGCGCAGGAAGCAGCUGAGGUCCAAUGCCAGUCUGGAUGGUACUGGCUCCAGGAGGAAGCUGUACAGUGCUGUUCCUGGCCGACACUUUGUUGCAAUACGACCCUACCAGCCUCAGACAGAGGGAGAGAUCACCCUCUACAAGAAUGACAGAGUCAAAGUUCUCAGUAUUGGUGAAGGCGGGUACUGGGAGGGCAGCGCCCGCGGACAUGUGGGCUGGUUCCCUGCAGACUGUGUGGAGGAAAUUCCUGCCAAGCCCAACGAGGAGAGACCGCAGAGUCGAGCGGACCGAGCGGACAGGAAGAAGCUGUUCAGGCAUUACACUGUGGGCUCCUACGACAGCUUCGACGCCUCCAGCGACUGCGCGCUGGAGCAGAAAACAGUGGAGCUGCAGAAGAAGCAGGAGGAGGGCUUUGGAUUUGUACUGAGGGGGGCUAAAGAUGUUGAUGAGUGUGAUGACCCGCUCCGCUGCCCUGGUCAGGAGUGUGUGAACUCUCAGGGUUCGUAUAAGUGUGUCCCCUGCAGAACUGGCUUUGGCCUGCUCAACGGACAGUGCACAGAUAUUGAUGAGUGUCGUCAGAGUCCCUCGCUCUGCUCCAACGGACGCUGUGAGAACACAGCCGGCAGCUACAGGUGUGUGUGUCGUCUGGGAUACAGGAUGCAGGGCAACGCCUGCACAGAUGUGAAUGAGUGUGAGGACCCUCUGCAGUGUCCUGGUCAGGAGUGUGUGAACGCUCAGGGUUCCUACAGGUGUGUUUCCUGCAGACCUGGCUUUGCAGUGGUCAGCGGAAGAUGCGCAGAUGUUGAUGAGUGUCGUCAGGACCCUGCUCCUUGCGCUAACGGCCGCUGUGAAAACACUCUGGGCAGCUACAGGUGUGUGUGCAGAACUGGCUACAGGCUUCAGGGCAACACCUGUACAGAUGUGAAUGAGUGUGAGGACCCUCGGCUGUGUCCUGGUCAGGAGUGUGUAAACACACCUGGUUCAUACAGGUGUGCGUCCUGCAGAUCUGGAUACACCUUACGGAAUGGACAGUGCACAGAUGUGGACGAGUGUGUUCAGAGCCCCUCUCUCUGCUCUAACGGCCGCUGUGAGAACACGCCAGGCAGCUACAGGUGUGUGUGCCGACCUGGAUUCAGACUGGAGGGGAACACCUGCGCAGAUGUGGAUGAGUGUGAGAACGAGCUUCAGUGUCCGGGCCAGGCGUGUGUGAACUCGGUCGGCUCUUUCAACUGCGUGUCCUGCAAGCCGGGCUUUGAAUUUGUGAACGGCCAGUGCAAAGACGUGGACGAGUGCAGUCAGACUCCUCCUCGCUGCGCUAACGGCCGUUGUGAAAACACUCCCGGCAGCUACAGGUGCGUCUGUCGACCAGGAUUUAGGCUGCAGGGGAACACCUGCACAGACGUUGAUGAGUGUUUGGGCAGUCUGCAGUGUCCCGGUCAGCAGUGCGUGAACUCGAUGGGUUCUUAUGAGUGUGUGCGCUGCAGAGACGGAUACAGUCUGCAGAACGGACAGUGCGCAGACGUGGACGAGUGUGUGAACUCCCGGAUGUGUGGACCUCAGAGCGUGUGUGUGAACACCGAUGGCUCGUACAGGUGUGAGUGUACGGCCGGCUAUCGCGCAGCAGGACCUGGACGGCUGUGCAGAGACAUUAACGAGUGUUUGGAGGGAGAUUUCUGCUUCCCUAGAGGAGAAUGCCUGAACACGGAGGGCUCAUACAUGUGUGUGUGCGCUCAGGGCUACCAGACCAGCGCCAACAGGACGUCCUGCCAGGAUGUGGACGAGUGUGCCCGUGAGGGUGUGUGUCAGGACGGGCGCUGUGUCAACACUGACGGAUCGUUCCUGUGCAACUGUGAGACUGGAUUCACUGCCAACCCCGAAAAAACAGCCUGUCUGGAUGUGGAUGAGUGUGUGGACUCUGAAGGUGCUGUGUGUGGAUCUCUGCGCUGUGAGAACACCAUCGGCUCCUUCCGCUGCCUCGUCUCCUGCCCGCCUGGAUACAGCUUCACUGCUACAGGAGAGUGUGUGGACAUUAAUGAAUGUGCUAACGAGACGGUGUGCGGAGAACACGCUUUCUGUCAGAACCUCAUCGGGACGUAUCAGUGUAUCUGUGAUCAGGGCUACGAGUCGACUGGAGACGGUCGAUCCUGCGUGGACAUUAACGAGUGUGAGACGAUGGUGGGGGUGUGUGGAGCGGCGCGCUGUUGGAAUGUAGACGGCUCCUUCACAUGUGAAUGUGAAGAUCAACAGCAGGAAUUCAACCCCCUCACUCUGCAGUGUGUGAGCAGAGCCGGUCGAGGUGAGACAGGUGCUUCAGCGCCGCGGUGGUCCUUAACCCCCUCUCGCUCUGGCUCUGUCACCUCACUGCCCCCUGCUGGCCCAGGAGAGAAGAGGGAGUGCUACUACAACAUCGAGCAGCAGGACUCCUGCAGGAUCCUCACGCGGAACUCCAGCCUGCAGGAGUGCUGCUGCACCGUGGGUCAGGGCUGGGGUCAGCUCUGCCUCUACCAGCGCUGCCCUGAACUCAGCACAGCGGAAUUCCAGACUCUGUGUCCAAGUGGACGGGGGUACGUGACUUCCACAGUGGGAGCCUUCAGCUACAAGGAUGUGGACGAGUGUAAGCUCUUCGACCCGGAGGUCUGUAAGGGCGGCGUGUGUGUAAACAACAUCCCUGGAUACUCCUGUUACUGCCCCAGCGGAUACUACUACGACAACGUCUUACUGGAGUGCAUCGAUAAUGAUGAGUGUGACAGUGAGGAGAUGUGUCCCAGCGGGCUGUGUAUCAACACAAUGGGUUCAUAUUACUGCACUUGUGAGGCCCCGCUAGUGCUGGACGACACACAGCGCAACUGUGUGAACAUCUCUGGCCUCACAGUUGAUGAAGAUCUGUCGGUCUGUUGGCAGCACGUCACGGCUGACCUGGUGUGUCAGAGGAUGCUGCGGGGGGCCCGGGUGACAUUUGUGGAUUGCUGCUGUCUGUAUGGAGAGGCCUGGGGGCUUCACUGCGCACUGUGCCCACGGAGAGACGAGGAGGCAUAUGAGGAUCUGUGUAGUUCACUGGGUCCUCCUCCCAACUCCCCACGCUACGCUGAACGCUUUGCUAUGGUGCCCGGGAGAGGAGGGGGCUACAGCCCACCAUAUGGCGGCUCUGUGUACUCUGAAACCGUUCCGGGCCGAUCUGACUACACCCAGACUGAUUACGAUGACUACAGUCCAAUGGGAGGGACCGGCCAGAGGUCCGGACUGAGAGGACGAACGCCCGGCUUGUACCCACCUUACACACCACCUGGACUGGGUCCUGUUCGUUAUUAUGGGGAGGACGACUAUGAUGCAGCGCCGGUUCCUCAGUAUGGGGUCCCAGACCCUCGAAGCGAGCGAGCGUUUGGUACUCGGCCCCGCCCCCCUCUCCCCGAGGGACGCCCUCUGAGCCUGGCCCCCCUACCUGAGAACACAGAGGGGGAGGGGCCAUGGAGAGCCCCAUUCCCGCCUUUCACGGACACACGAGCAGGAGGAGAGAGGCCACACAGAGUCUACGAAAGGCAGUAUGAGCCGUUCGGAGGGCUGAUGGAGGAUGAGUGUGGGAUACUGCAGGGCUGUGAGAACGGCCGCUGCGUCCGUGUCGGGGAGGGUUACACCUGUGACUGUUAUGAUGGGUAUCAGCUGGACAUCAGCUCCAUGUCCUGUCUAGAUGUGGAUGAGUGUGAGGACCCGACCACUCCGGAGUGCGUAAACGGUCAGUGUGUAAAUACAGAGGGUUCGUACAGUUGUGUGUGUCUCAGAGGAUUCAUCAUGUCACGCAGACCAAACCACUGCAUUCCAGCUUAAACGGCAACAUGCGGAGCAGAACUGAACCGAACCUCGGCCGCGCACUGUCUCUCUGGUCUUAUACAUUAAAGGGCUCAUAUCGUGGAAAAUGGAAUUUUUCACACUUUUUUAAAUGAAAGAGUUUGAUGUAUGUAAACAUUGUUAAAGUUUACUUUCGUUGUAACAGCCAGUUUUGAAUUCACUGUUUAAUGACGUCAUAAAAACCAACACAUUUGCCUUUUCAGCCAGCAGCAGUUAGCCCCGCCCACUCACGCUGAAGUUAUAAGGAGUGUUUCCAGCCUGGGCUACUUUUUUAAUGGGGCAGCCAAUCAGAACAGAGCUCAUUUACAUAUAUCAGUCUUAAAAACGCAGUAACAAAUCCAGCCUGUUUAAUUGUAAGUGAUAAUUAUGACUGUUUUGGUACACAAAACCACACAAAUAUCAAAAUAAAAAAUACUAAGAUAGGAAAAGUGAGGGAUUUGAGCUCUUUAAACAAAUGUUCAUGUUUAAAGGGCUCAUCUGCCCCAUUAAACCCUUCAAAAAUAUACAUGUACUACAUUUUGUAUCAAUAAUCUGUACACAGACGCUGUUACAAACCCAUAUUUAGGUUUAGUUUAUUUGAAACCAGUUAUAUAUGAGUAUUAGAAUGAGUUUUACUGAUUUAUUGUUUAUAUUUGUGACUGAGUGGGUAGUUUUGCUGAUUUCUCUCUCUUCCACAGUUCAUUAAGACAUGUAACACAAUGCACUGUAUUUGUGGAAGAAAACGUUUUGAAUUUUACACGAUGAUUAAUUGUACAUGUUUAAAACUGUUCGUUAUUUUGUCUAUGAAUUGUUUGAUAUGCCUAAUGCUAAUGUAACUAUAUUUGAAACUAUAUUUGCACACAUUCCAGUUGUGUUGUAUUUUUACUGAGCACACGUUAUCAUGUUUAUCCUGCAAUUUCUUUUUUUACUUAAUAAAACUUU